GUCCUUCAAUAAUAAACCAAGGACAAGUUUCUGACACAAAGACAAAAAAAUUUAACGAGAUCCUUUUUCUUAACUCUUACUCCCCCUUCCCUGAGAGAAGCCUUAAGGUCUUUGAUAAGGACCGCUUCCUUAGACAUUUUUUGCCCAUUCUCAAUUAGACAGAAAACUCUUACCUGCUACGUCUUUCUCUCAUGAGCAGUGAGAGCGCGAGGCUAUGAACACCAGUUCGGCGCAGCUACUUUCACUUUAUCUGCGUCGGUUUCUGGACAAAUACCCGGGGUCCUCAACUUCUUUUUCUGUCCGGUGAGGGUCCGUACCUCGAGCCCCACAUCGGACGCCACUUGCCCCCGCCAGCGGGGACCCAGUUAUUCGUUGGGGUCGAGGGGGACCCAUACCUGCGGGAGAACAGGUGAGAAAGAGGAGCAAGACCAAGCAGUGUCUUUGUCAAGGUCUGUUUAUUGAGAGGAAUGUACAGCACUUAAAGCUCUGAAGCAGGAAUUGAAGCUUAGGGCAGGGGGAGUACUGGGAAGUGCCCAAGGACAUAAGGUGAAUCAUUAAACUGCAAGAUAUCCUCCUUAGACAAAGAGGCAACAGUCUUCCAGGGACAUGUUCUUUCUUUGAAAAGGUCAAGCCCUUCUCAGGAAUCUGCUCAGGGCAGGGCACUAGCUUUGCUUAGUCCGGCAGUCCAGUCCCCAACAUGUGAAAGGACUAGGUCUGUUCAGCCACAGAGUACAUAAUCUGGAGAGACCAUGGGGCAGCUAGAGAGCCCUCUGCAGCUCACGACCCUGUGCACUGCUAGUGUGGUGAGGUGUUUCUGCUCGCUCUGCACAUGACUCCUCCCCAUCCUGCCCCUGCCGAGUGGCAAAAUCUUACUGGUGUGGUCUUCCCUGAACUACAACUCCUUCCUGUUCUCAUCCUGUAAGAGGCCAGCUCCAACCUCAGAGGAGCUGAGCUUUCCACUGCAGCUUUCUGUCCCUAGCCUUGUUUUUCCUUCCCUUUGGGCCACACCAAAGCAAAACCCAGCCAGGAGCUAAGGAACAGGAGAAACCAUAGGGAAGGCUUUCUGUUCAUCACAGGCAGAUUUCCAAAGGGUCAGGAACUUUUUGGGUGAUUUUAUCCUGAGUCAGAACAAGGGACAUAACUAGUUCCUGUAGCUCUGAAAAAUGCCCCACGCUCCUGGAAGGCAGAGCUGACCCAAGGCAGUUGACUCUCUCUGGUGGUACAACCCCAGUUCAUGAUGUGGAACCAUCCUGUUGCUUGAUAGUUCUGUGGUUUCCUUUUCUCAGUUCCAACCCUCAAAGUCUUAGCUUUCAUUUCUCUCCUGACUCACCAGCGGACCAGCUUAGCGACUAAAUUCUCAGGGCAUAGACUUUGGCCUGAGUUUGCUUCUUUCCACAAAUUCUGUGUCACUUGGUUGGUGUCUGAAGGUGUGAGAACAAUUUUAGACUGCAGAGUCUUGAAGAAUUUAGAAGAAAACCCUGUCUCUGCCUAGGGAUCUAGACAGAAGUGUGAGGAGUCAAAACAGACAGACACAGGAUCACAGCAACUAUGGCCUCAUCUGUCCUGGAGAUGAUAAAGGAGGAGGUGACCUGUCCUCUCUGUCUAGAGCUCCUGAAGGAACCCGUGAGUGCUGAUUGCAACCAUAGCUUCUGCAGAGCCUGCAUCACUCCGAACUAUGAGUCCAACAGAAACACAGAAGGGCAGGGCAGCUGCCCUGUGUGCCGAGUUCGUUACCUGUUUAGGAACCUGAGGCCUAAUCAACAUGUGGCCAAGAUAGUUGAGAGUCUCAAGGGGUUCAAGUCCAUUCCAGAGAAGGAGCAAAAGGUGAAUGUUUGUGCACAACAUGGAGAGAAACUCCAGCUCUUCUGUACGAAGGAGAUGAGAGCCAUCUGUUGGGUUUGUGAGAGAUCUCAGGACCACCGUGGUCACCAGACAGCUCUCAUUGAAGAGCUGGACCAUGAGUACAAGAGGAAGCUGCAGGAUGCUCUGCAAAAGCUGAUGGAAAAAGAGAAAACAUGUGAUGAAUGGCAAGAGAACGUUCAACAGCAGAGAACUUACUGGGAGACUCAAAUACAGAGUGAUGUAGAAUAUAUUCAGAAGGAGUUUAAAUUACUAAGAGAGCUUCUGGACUCCAAGGAGAAUGAAAAGCUGCAGGAGUUGAAGAAAGAGAAGGAAGAUGUUGUGAAAAGGUUGGAAAGGUCUGAAAAUGAGCUGGUGCAGAGGAGGCAGCGGGUGAGAGACCUCAUCUCAUAUAUGCAGCAUCAGUUGAAGUUCUCAACCAUGGACAUGCAGCAGGAUGUGAAUUCUCUUCUAAGAAGUUAUGUCAAGGCAAUAGAAAGGAAUAGCCCCAUUGUGCGGAGUCAGACCUUGAAACUGAAACAGCCGCAAACUAUCCCAAAAAGAAGAAGAAGAAUGUUCCAAGCUCAGGAUAUGAAAGGCAUGCUGCAAGCAUAUCUAGGGCUCAUGGAUCUCCGGCGAUACUGGGUUCAUAUGAAUCUACAUGCAAACAACCAUGCAGUCAUUGCCGUUAACAAAGAAAAAAGACAAAUACAACAUACAAGUUACUAUAAAAGGAAUUUACAAAUUUCUGAGAUCUAUAACUUGAGUGUCCUGGGAUACCCAGCUAUCCACUCAGGAAAACAUUACUGGGAAGUAGAUGUGUCUAGAAAAAAUGCCUGGCUCCUGGGAGUAAAUGAUGGACUGUGUGCUCAACCUCAACUUCAUUCUAUAACUGAAAUGAGCUUCAGUGCCAAAUAUAAUUCUUGUGUUGAACAACAUGGAAAUUAUCAGCCGAAAUAUGGCUACUGGGUUAUAGGAAUGAAGAAUAGGUCAGCCUCUGAUGAGUGUUUUGUUUCUCAUAAUUCCAGUGUCUCGACUCUCUCUCUGCCUUGUCCUCCCACUCGUGUUGGAGUUUUCCUGGACCGGGAAGCUUGCACUCUCUCAUUUUAUGAUGUUUCUAACUUUGGAGGUCUUAUCUAUAGGUUCCAUAACCCUUUCUUCCCUGAUACACUCUAUCCAUAUUUUAAUCCUAUGGAAUGUUCAGAGCCAAUGACAGUAUGUAGGCCACCUUCUUCAAACUCUGUAGGAAGAUAGAUAAAAGAAUGACCCAUAUUCCUCAGAAAAUUGGACAUUGAACUGCCUGAGGAUCCAGCUAUACCUCUCUUGGGCAUAUACCCAAAAGAUGCCCCCAACAUAUACAAAAGGCACGUGCUCCACUGUGUUCAUCGCAGCCUUAUUUAUAAUAGCCAGAAGCUGGAAAGAACCCAGAUGCCCUUCAACAGAGGAAUGGAUUCAGAAAAUAUGGUACAUCUACACAAUGGAAUAUUACUCAGCUAUCAAAAACGAGUUUAUGAAAUUCGUAGGCAAAUGGUUGGAACUGGAAAAUAUCAUCCUGAGUGAGCUAACCCAAACACAGAAAGACAUACAUAGUAUGCACUCACUGAUAAGUGGCUAUUAGCCCAAAUGCUUGAAUUACCCUAGAUGCCUAGAACAAAUGAAACUCGAGACGGAUGAUCAAAAUGUGAAUGCUUCACUCCUUCUCUAAAAGGGGAACAAGAAUACCCUUGGCAGGGAAGAGAGAGGCAAAGAUUAAAACAGAGACUGAAGGAACUCCCAUUCAGAGCCUGCCCCACAUGUGGCCCAUACAUAUACAGCCACCCAAUUAGACAAGAUGGAUGAAGCAAAGAAGUGCAGACCGACAGGAGCCGGAUGUAGAUCUCUCCUGAGAGACACAGCCAGAAUACAGCAAAUACAGAGGCGAAUGCCAGCAGCAAACCACUAAACUGAGAAUAGGACCCCCGUUGAAGGAAUCAGAGAAAGAACUGGAAGAGCUUGAAGGGGCUCGAGACCCCAUAUGUACAACAAUGCCAAGCAACCAGAGCUUCCAGGGACUAAGCCACUACCUAAAGACUAUGCAUGGACUGAUCCUGGACUCUGACCUCAUAGGUAGCAAUGAAUAUCCUAGUAAGAGCACCAGCGGAAGGGGAAGCCCUGGGUCCUGCUAAGACUGAACCCCCAGUGAACUAGACUGUUGGGGGAGGGCGGCAAUGGGGGGAUGGUUGGGAGGGGAACACCUAUAAGGAAGGGGAGGGGGGAGGGGGAUGUUUACCCGGAAACCAAAGAAUUAUUAUUACAUAUUAAAUAAAUUUAAAAAAAAUUAAAAAAAAAGAAUGACCCAUAGCAAACAUAGCCUUGAGACCUGUAAAAUAGAUCACAGAAAAUAAGGCAGAGGGUCUUUUGCCUCAAGAGCAUUUUGUUCCUUAGAUUGUUCUUGGUCAUGAUUUUGUACCGGCAACAAACAUUUGCAUUCAACUUACAAUAUGUGUUUUCUCUUGUUGGAUGUUAGAACAUAGCUACAGAAUCCAUCCUUGUGAAAGGAUAUGCUGAGUGCUGACCUCAUGUACACUGGUUCUAGAUAUGGCCUGUUCCUUGCUUUCCUGAUUUGCCAGAUACAAUCUAUAGUAUAGUGCAGACCAUUAUGUUUAAGUUCAUCUGUCCUGAGAAAGUUGUGCAAAAGGGUCCUCUGUUAAUAUUUGCUAUAUGCUUACUGGCAUUUAUUUUUUAUUUACAUGUUUUUAUGAUUACAUUUCUCUGAACUCAAACAAACCUCCUUAAAUUGUUGCUUUCCAUUGUACAUUCAUGUCUAAAAGCACAGUGAAAUUGAAGUAAAGGUGUCUUGUGGCAUUAGAGUGUAGUCCCCCACCAACACCCUCAUUUAUUAAGGUCUUCAAAUCCUAGAUCUUGCAGAGAGAUCUGACAAGGUGGACAAAGGUCUACACACCUUCCUUUUAAGGUACUAGAGGUGGAAGCCAUGGCCUCGUGCAUUCUGAGUUCUACUAUAGAGCUUCUUACCUCAGCUCUGCCAAAUCUCGACAAGCCCAGUCUUUCUGUCACUAACAAACAUGAAAGAAAGUUCUUCCCCAGAUUGUCUAGCACUUUAGAAAAUUACAAAUAGGAGUUUCUCACUAAGGAAUGCGCCUUUAGCAGAAGGUCAGUUUAACCACAAUGUUUGUGUUUCAUCAAAGACUUACGAAGGAUACCUCUCAAAUGAUACCCACUAAGACCAUAUGUUUAGACUUUCCGAGUUCUAAUCCUGCCUCUCCACAUAGCAGUGUAACCCUGAAAAACAUCCUGUAAAGCCUAUGUUUGCUUGGGUUUAUUUUUUUCUUUUGUCUCAUUUUUCCUUUUGUUUUACAAUUUUGGUAUAGCAUACCUAUAUUGUACAUCAUUGUAGGAAAAUGAAUUUGGGAUCUCUAGAAGGCGACAAGGGUAAGAGCCCUUUCCUCUAAGAGUGAUGAAGUGAGUUCAUUUAAUCAGACCUAGAGGUUGGCAGCCAACUCCCAUAGAGUAUCCUCAGCCUCCACACACAUGCUGUAGGACGCAGGCUGAAACACCUACACAGAUACAAAAUGAAUUGUAUGGAUUUUAGUGAGAGAAGAAGUCCGAUUUGCAUAAUGCAGCCACUGCUCACUCAGCAGCUGGUGAUUGUGCCCAUUACUGGGGGACCUGCUGUACUGAAGUUGCACACAACAGUGGGCAACUGGGUAAACUAAGAUUUGGCUCUCCUUGUGUGUUGCUGUUAGAUCCUGGGAACUGUUAUCAGGGCUACUCUACCAUGUUAUAUUUAUUAAUAUUUUGGUGUUUUACACUUAUUUUCCAAGAGAGUAUUUUUGUUUGCUUAGCUACAUUUGUUAACAAGCAAGUUAAAUUCAAUUGUUUUCCAUUGUUUUAAGUAAUUAUUUUUUGUAUUUACAUUCUAAAUAUUGCUUCUGCUCUUGGUUCCCCAUCCUAGAGUGCUUUACCCCAUGCCCCUUCUUUGCUUCUGAGGAGGUACUCCCACACACACACACACCUACCCCCAUUGCAUCACCCCCCACAUGUGGUAUAUCCCUUCCCUGGAGCAUCAAAUCUCUACAGGAGUAGGUACAUUAUCUUCUACUGAGGCCAGACAAGGCAGUUCUCUGUUACAUAUGUGCCAGGGCCAUCGACGAGCCCAUGUAUGCUCUUUGGUUGAUGCUUUAGUCUCUGGGAACUCGUUCUGGGUUAGUUGAUACUGUUAGUCUUCCUAUAGGGUUGCCAUCCCCUUCUUCUUUGUCAAUCCUUCCCCUAACUCUUCCAUAGGGGUCCCUGACCUCAGUCCAAUGGUUGGCUAUAAGUAUCUGCAUCUGUCUCAAUCAGCUACUGGAAGAACCUCUUGGAGAACAGUUAUGCUAGGCUCCUGUCUGCAAGCACAACAUAGCAUAGUAAUAAUUUCAGGGUUUGGUGCCCACCCAUCAGAUGAAUCCCAAGUUAGGCUGGUCACUGGAUGGCCUUUCCUUUUUUCUAUGUUUCGUUGUUGUCCCUGCAUUUCUUUUAGACAGGAACAAUUUGGGGUCAAAAAUUUUGAAGACGCCCAUGCCUCCACUGGGGACCCAGUCUAUCUACUGGAGGUGGUCUCUUCAGAUUUUAUCUCCCCACUGUUGGGCAUUUUCAAAAUUUCCUUCCUUAGCUGUAAGGUCGUACUCAUUGAGUCCUAGGAGUCCUUCACAUCCCAGGUUUCUGGAGCUUUUGAGAGGUUCCCCGCACGCCCCGCGCAGCCUGGACCCCCAGCAGCUGCCUAUUUCUAUUUGUUCUCCUGGCCUUCUGGGCUUCUCUGCUGUCUCCCUCAUAACCAAACGUGUACCCCUUUCCUCUCCCCCUCCCUUCUCCCACUCAGAUCCCUCCCUCCCACUGUCUCCUAUGAUUAUUUUGUUCCCUUUUCAAAGUGAGAUUGAAGUAUCCUUACUUUACAGUCAGUGCUAAUGACAAUAAUACCAAUAACCUUAUCCUUGGUGGUGUUGCGAAAUACAAACAAUACAGUGCCUUGGAACUUAUAUUGUUUCUGCCAUGUAAGCUUAUUUGAUGUGGUAUCUGUUAAAUUUUGUCUCCCUUUGGAUGUGAACAUAAUAAAGUAUCAUUGGAUUAGCAAACAGA